UACUAAAGAACCAUGUAGAAAGAAUAUUCAAAAUUUUAAAGUUACAGCACUGUAGGCAUACCUAGAGCAUAUCAUUAUAUGAGUAAAAAUUUAAGUUUCACUACUUAAAUUUGGGGUCACAUUCUAACCUCUAACUGGGCAGUCAAGUCUGACGUGACCUGAACAUUAAAGAACGUUUCAGUCUCUUCCCUGGUCACACUCCCCAUCCACGCUCUUCAUUCCAGACUUCCUGAAGCUCCGAGAGCUUGCCCAACCUGUUAUGGUUCUGGGUCUGCUCACAGUGGAAUGACCUCCCUCUGAACUUGUUUGCCUGGCAAUGUCUAGCCCUCUGCACUGUAUUAAAGUACCAUCUCCCCUUUGAAGGGUUUCCAGCUUUUGCAACUUGAUUUUGGUCCCUCCAUGAAUACCUCUGUGCGUUUCCUUUAACACCCUCCUUAUCCUACAACAUAAUAAGCAGUGAUUCCUGUCUGCUUUCAAAAUCGAGUGUGUUUCUUGACCAUUAAGACUGGUGUUCAUUUCUGUCACUUCAGUGCCAACUUCAGGUCUGGUACAUGGUAGGAGCUCAAGGUGGAACUAUUAAAUGACUAAACUAACAAGUGAAUGAAUGAAUGUUCUGACACAAAUUUACUAAAGCCAAAUUACCUUAUGUUGUCAAACUGUUCUAUUUUGUUUUUUAAACAGAAACAACCGAGGUUCCAAAUGAGCCUGCAUUUUGGACAAUGUUAGCUAAAGUUUUAAAUGAAACGGUGCCGGAGGAAGAAGCAAGAGAUCAAUUAUUCCAAGCAAUUCCAAGCUCUGAUUUGAACGGGACAAGUGAAGACCAAGGGGUAGGAGCACAGGAUAAGUUAAAACUAAUGCUGGGCAUCUCCCUGCUGACCCUCCUCCUCUUCACCAUCCUCCUGGCAUCAUCUAGCGCCUUGCUGUACAAACUGAAGACCACUUAUAACAAGCAGCUUGAGCGUCAGUACUCCGUCCACCCCGAGCUGGCGUCGCUGUCCUACUUCCAGCCUGCCCAGGGCGUCUCAGACUCAUCCUUCUCUAGGAGCCCGGAGAGCAGCACCCUUUUGGACCCAGGAAUGGGCAUGACAACCUCGAAUGAAUACAUGCGUUAGACCUCAGAGUGGCGAUGUUCCCACUGAUAAAUAGAGAACUGUAGUUUUGUGUCAUAAAAAAAUAUCUUUCUUUGUGAAUCA